CUCACCUCUCUCCUCCCUUCAUCUGCCCCCCUCCUCUCUCCUACUCGAGUCUCAAGUUGGCAUCAUUCAAUGCUCCAACUCCGACGAGGUGAGGCUACCCACGAACAGUGUACGAACAAUAUUAGUUUAAAUGUUGAUUAGGUAUUUUAUACCUACGUGGCUUUACCGACAGAACCAAAGAGUAAUAUUAGUUUAGCUGUCAUCAUCAUUGUUAGCAUCACUACUAUCAGUGGGCAUUCGGGAUUAUAAGACGCUCCCGAAUGUAAGACGCACGCCCAACGUUGACACCGGGUAAUUGGCCCUGAACCCAAAAUUAAAAAAAAUUCAUCCCAAAGGAAAUUGCCACGUUCCAAGCAACGUGUCACUCGCGCAGGGCUUGGACGUUAAGAUAGUGAGAGGCCCCUUGUGAAAGACACACACUUGGGCAUCUCAAAAGAAACAACCAAACUUUUUUUAUUUUUUAUUUUCUUCCUUCCAAAGCGCUCCACACAUCCAAGACAUUCGACUGCGCCCACUUAAGCUAAAAACAAAACCACAUUUUUUUGUUAAUUUAAAUAAACUCAACAAAAUUGUCAUCAAUUACCUCGGUCAAAUUACAACUUCAAACCCCCCCCCCCCACAAACAAAUAGAGAGAGACUAAAUUUAGAUUUCAAACGAGAGACUAUUUGACCAACCCCGGGCUUGGUAAGGAGUCGAGCCCCACGGGAACGCGACAAAGGCAGUCGGACAGAUCCCAAGAGGCGGUGUCCCGCAAGAAGAGCGUCGGACGAGGACAGCCGCCCUGGACAAAAUGUUCUUGGACCCGGAGUCGCAGUGCGAGGUGGACGGCCGUAACAACGCGGGCGAGGGCCCGGUUGGACACCGGGCAGUGGCGGUGGCGAUGGGCCGCACGAGUCCCAAGCGUAGGGAGAGGCGCUGGGCCAGGAGCCCCGAGAGGGCCCCGUGCCUCGCCACCACCGCAGGGCCCCUCCUGAUGAACGCCAGGUGUGAGCAGGGCGGGCGAUUUGGCGACGUGGCGGUGGGAGAGGUUGCGGUGGGAGACGUGACGAUGGGAGACGUGGCGAUGGGAGACGUGACGGAGAACACGCCGCUGCUUGCAGCGGCCAGGUGGCCGGCCCUGCCCCAGCCGCUGGGGCCGGGGCUAUCGGACGACCAGGGCUUCUGGGAGGGCAGCCUCAGCCGGGAGGGCAGUGGCGUGCAGGGUCGGGGCAGACUGGGCAGCGAGGUGGCGGGCCUGUCCCUCUCGCCAUCCUCCUCGUCACCCCUCUCGUUCUCCUCCUGCUCCUCCUCGUCACCCUCGCUGGGCCCAGCCGACAAACCCGAGGGGCUGCACGUCCGACUCGCGUCCUCGCAGCGCCUGCGAUCCGUGCUCUGCAACCUGAAGAUUUACGGCCUCUUUGUGUGCGUGGUCAUCUGCUCUGUGGUGUUCAGCUUACACCCCGAUCGAGAGCACUCGUGGGAGAUGUUUGCCGUGUCCGCGGACCAAGAGCACCUCAUGAACCUGACGGACGCACGCAGCAGCGCCCUGCUGCGCCUCAGCCUCACGGGGCCCUUCUCCCUGGGCCCCGCCGUCCCCGCGGGGGGGGGCCGCCGCCACGGCGACUUCCUGCUGGUGGAGGUCCACCAGCAGGAGGACGAGCGGCGAGGACCAGCGGGUGGGAGGCCUCCUCGCCGGGUGAGGACUCUCUUCAACUGGACCAUCCCGCUCGAGUCGAGGAACAUGGAGCAGACGCUGAUCACGCGCGACAUCGACACCAUCUCGAGCGACGAGGCGAGCGUGCGGGUGCGGGCGUUCGUGUCGCGGGGCCGCGUCGUGCCGCUGGCCGCUUCGCACCGCUACCAGUACGCGUCCGCCGAGCUCCAGGCCACCGCGGCCGCCCUCAUCCUCGCCGCGGUCUACGCCUUCAUCGUGUUCGAGGUCGUGCACAGGGCGCUGGCCGCGAUGCUGGGCUCCCUGGCGGCGCUGGCGGUCUUGGCGGCUAUCGGCAACAGGCCAGCCCUCACCACUGUGGUGGCAUGGAUCGAUUAUGGGACCUUGGCACUGCUGUUUGGCAUGAUGAUCCUCGUUGCGGUGUUUUCUGAGACGGGAUUUUUCGACUGGUGCGCCGUCAUGGCCUACAAGGUGUCCAGGGGCCGCGUGUGGCCCAUGAUGUUCGUCCUCUGCUUCUUGGCCGCCAUCCUGUCGGCCUUCCUGGACAACGUCACCACAAUGCUCCUCUUCACGCCGGUCACGAUCCGGCUGUGCGAGGUGGUGAACCUGGACCCCCGCUAUGUCCUCAUCGCCGAAGUUCUCUUCACCAACAUCGGCGGCGCCGCCACGGCCGUGGGGGACCCCCCCAACGUCAUCAUCGUCUCCAACCCGCGGUUGCAGGCCCUGGGCAUCGAGUUCGCGUCGUUCACGCUGCACAUGCUGCCCGGGAUCCUCCUGGUGAGCGCCGUCUCCUUCCCCUUCCUGCGGCUGCUCUUCUGCGGCACCAAACUCUACAACCGCGAGCCGGCAGACAUCAUGGAGUUGCAGCACGAGGUGCUCGUGUGGAAGCUGGCGGCACAGAGGAUCACUCCGGCGAGCCGCGAGGAGACCACCGUCAAGUGCCUGCUCAUGCACAAGGUGCUCAGCCUGGAGGAGCUCCUGCGCAAGAAGAUGAACACCUUCCACAGGCAAAUCUCGGAGCAAGACGAGAACUGGGAGGAGAACAUCCAGGAGCUGCAGAAGAAGCACCACAUCACGGACACGGCGCUGCUGUGCAAGUGCGUCGCCGUCACGGGCGCCGUGCUCGCCACGUUCUUCGUCAGCUCCCUCGUCCCCGGCAUACACCUCGACCUCGGCUGGAUCGCCAUGCUGGGCGCCAUGUGGCUCCUGGUGCUUGCCGACGUUCAGGACUUUGACAUCAUCCUGCACCGCGUCGAGUGGGCCACGCUGCUCUUCUUCUCCGCGCUCUUCAUCCUCAUGGAGGCGUUGGCUCACCUGCGGCUCAUCGACUACAUUGGACGGCAGACAUCGAGUCUCAUCAAGUCGGUGCCGGCAGAGAGCCGUCUGGUGGUGGCGUGUGUCCUCAUCCUGUGGGUGGCUGCACUCGCUUCGUCCCUCAUCGACAACAUCCCCUUCACGGCCACCAUGAUUCCGGUGUUGCUAAACCUGAGCCAGGACCCGGAUGUGAACCUCCCGAUCAAGCCGCUGAUUUACUCGCUGGCAUUCGGAGCCUGCCUGGGAGGGAACGGAACGCUGAUCGGAGCGUCGUCUAACGUGGUCUGCGCUGGAAUUGCGGAGCAACACGGAUAUGGAUUCUCAUUCAUGCAGUUCUUCAAGCUGGGAUUCCCCAUGAUGCUGCUGUCCACCACGGUGGCCACGGCUUACCUCCUCGUGUGCCACGGCGUGCUGGAGUGGAACUCGUAGGGACCCCCGGGGAUUCCGACGCCGUGAUCCCUGCCGGAGUUGGGAGUCUUCAUUGUCGCUACGACGGCCGCUACGGAUCGGCUGUGCGUUGUAUCCUAGUGGUAGUGCCUUACGCCAGCCGCUAAGGCAGCGUUCCGCUGAAGAUUGAGCGGGCGAAUGUCGUCUUGCGUCUUGAUGGGGUUCGCUUCAUCACGUGGUCAAAUAAAGGAUCGGACGACACGAUUCGUGCUCUGGGGCGUCACGUGGGAGCCGAGACGUGUGCGGUGUGU